AUGCGGUUUUAAAAUCACAGUAGCACGCCGUGGUUUCUUUGCGGUUAUUUUAAUCUGAUAACACUUAAAUGCACAAUUUAAGUUACUCAUGUUUCAAUGCACAUUGAGCAAGCCAUAUUGCGUAACAUACUGCUCAACGGAAAAAGAUCAGACGCAUUGCAAUAAACGUAUAAAUAAGCGAAUUCGAGACUUAUUUGCCUAGUUGCAUUCAGCGAAACUAAUACGGCUUCUUGAGGAAAAGCUGGCAAGAAACCGCCAUGUUAUCAGAACGGUCAGGUUCUUUGUUGCUGGCAAUAUGUACUGCCAUACAGCUCUGCAUGGGAUUACUGGCAGCCGGUAUCGCUAUAACUGCAAGUAUCAGUACACAUCACAUUGAGCACGCUCUUUUUGACUACGCUCUUCCGGGAGAAUAUGCCAUCGCCCUGCAGGCCAUAAUCGCCGCAUGCUGGGGAUGCUACAUACUAUGCAGGAGACCGCGACAACUUCACCAUGCAGAAAACUUCUUAACCGCUAACGCCAUUCUGGCUGUUGUUGUCUUGCUGUCCAUUUUUAUGAAGUUCACCGAACUUAUAUCACAUGUACGACGCAUUGCGGACUGGGAAGUGCUCUUUAAAGACGAAGCCGGAAGUCCCGCGUCGGAUUUCUGGCCGUGGUGGAGCGGGGUAUUUAUAAGUGCGGUGAUCAUGGAGAUAACUGCCCUAAGCCAAAUUGCCGGCGCUGUAAUUUACAUCAAACGGCGGGAAUCGGUUGCGGAACACUCCUCCGACCCGUUUAACACGGACGUAAUUGUUCAACUCAAAUGCUGGUCUGCCGGGCAGAUUGCAGCCGGAAUUCUAAUACUUCCCAUUUCCGUAAUCAGCAUUUUAUCCCAUCUGCAUAGAUCAAAAUAUGAUCUGCUGUGGUAUAGUGUGGUUUUGGAAAUCCUACUCGGUGUAUUAGCGAUCGCUGCUGGUGCAAUAGGAACUGCAUUAGCCAGAGGCCCACCACGAACCAAACGCCAAGUAGAUGUCGUAGCAGCAGUGAAUGUUGCAGCGGCGACUCUCGCUACAUUGAUCCUGGCGGUGGCCGUCGGAUCCGGCACUAUCGUCUCUAUUGGUUUCGCAUACGGAAUUCGACUGCAGCAGUUAUGGCACUAUUACACUCCCGCCGGACUAUCGGCGUUAGUGUGCGCUGUAGCGUUUCUAGUGCUGAGCAUCAGGACGGCCAAGAUGACCGUCAGAAUUUCCGGGAGAUUAGCGUUUGUUAGCGAAGAUGAUCUGCAUAUCCGCUUUACAGCUAAACAUGACCUGCUGAGUGUGCUAGCGUUUCCACAAACGGAACUGUAAUUUUAGCUAUUACGGUUUGUACGUUGCUACUUGGUUCGUAAACUGAAAUAACUGAAAAAAACAACUCAGUUUCCAUUUUCAAAGAUUACGUAA